AUGGAAGAAGAAAGUACCAAGAUUCUCAAAAUCUCCGAUCUAAUUCAACGUUCUCAACCCCUCACCGGUGCAUUCACCCUCAGUCCCAGCCGCCCAGUUCCAUACCCUAAGCCCCUCUCACCGUCCUGUCCAAUUCAGCAUACAAAACCGUCCGAUGCCACUUCUAGAAACCCUAGCCUCAAAUUCCUAAAACCCUUAAAACACUCUACCCUCAUCAUUGGAACCUUGACUCUACCCUCUUACAUUAGCAAUACUUCCACAAUCAAAUGCAACUGCUUUCAGUUAUCCGAUGAUUCCGCGGUCAUUUGCUGCGACAUUUUGAAUUUUGACCCUACAACUAUUGGUCGAAAAAUUCGAAUCCUUGCUUGGAAUUUUAUUCCUUUAAAACGUGGAAAUGGGAGUGGAAAGGGUGGGUUUCUGGAAAUUGUUAGCUGGGAUUUUUUUGAAUCUCUCAGUGGGAAAAAUUCUUCUAUGUCGAGUUUUAAUUCUUUUAGUAUUCAUACGGGCUCCCCUAUAGCUUUUAAAGAUAAUUCAAAUGCUAAAUAUUUAGUUUUUGGUGUGGUAGAGUCCAUAAGCCCUGUUUCGAUUGUUCCAUGUACAACCAGGGAAAGUAGUUCAAGUAAUAUUAGUGGCUUUCUUGUACAUGUUUUAAUUUGUGAGUGCAAGGUUUGUAGUUCAAAAAUCUUGACGUCAGGAUUGGGUAAUUUGAGUGAGAAAAAUAGGAAAGAUCAUUGUUUUAUUAAGCCAGUGAUUGUAUACUUUUGUGGGUUGGCCUCGUCAUGGCAUCCUGUCAUUUCGAGAUUGUCUGGGGACAUUACUUUGUUUUCAGGGUUGACGAAAAAGUUGGUAUUUGUAGGGAAAGAUCAAUCCCACUUAAUGUAUGUCACAACAGACAAAGCGUCAUUGCAUAUUCCUAAAAUGUUGAAGAAAUGGAGUUCAAUUCAGAAUACUGAUAUAAGAGGAAAGGGUGAAUUUGGUAGCUAUUCUGGGAUUGUUACAGGCGUUUACAUGCACGGUAUGGUUGUUGAGCUGGAUCAAAAGGUGAUGCUUCUGCUAACGGACCAGCAGCUCACUGUGCCACACAGUCUCAGAGUUGGUUCUGUUGUAUCUCUGAAAAAGGUCCAUUUUGUGAAUCCUAAAUUUCCUUGGACAAAGAUGUUCAUACUUGGCGCUUGCUGUAGGACGAGCAUUUGUGUAGAGUCAUUCUCCCCACUAGAAACUGGAUGCCACUUGAAAUCAUGCUCCCAGAGCCUUCUUCAAAAGUUCAUAGACUCCUUAUCUUUUUCAGCCAGAAUAUGGGUUUUACUUGUCAUCUCUUGUUUUAGGAAAAAGUUUGCUGGCAUUUUAUCUGAGAAGGAUAUCAUAGGGUCAAAACAUAAGCUAGGAUUGGCUCAAAAAUAUACUAAUUCAUAUUUGCCACUAUCAGCAUUUCAAUUUCGGCAUGGAGUCUGUGUAGAAUUCUGCAAGCAUGAUUGUUGUUCUUGUGCUAAGGAUGCACACUACAGUUCCUUAAAACUGGUCCCACCAAUUUCUAGUUUAAUCAGUUCAUGUGAGGCAACAUGGACGAAGAUGCUUCAUGACAGGAAAAUUUGUUCAAGUUUUGUGUCUGACACUAAUCAGAAAAAUCCUUUGUCCUGUGUUGGGAGUUUUUAUGCACAAUCGGUGAGAAGAAUGUUGAGCACUGAAGAAAUUGGUGUUAUUGUGCUCGGCAUUUUAAAGAUUUCAUCUUCUGGCAGAUUUCAGCUUGUUGAUGCAACUGGAAGCAUUGAUGUUGUAUGUGACCUUCCAUCAACUUGGAACUCUAACAGGAUUUUUGAGGUGAGGGACUUCGUUGUAGUUAUGGAAGGCAUACCUGAAAGGAUGCUUAACUUGGAUGUUCUUUCGGAUAAAUCUUUAUCUUGCCAAAGUAUCUUUGAUGAUGCUCCAUUGGUGAGAAAGAUGGAGACAUCACUUUAUCUCUACUGCAAUAGAAUCGGUGAAGAUUCUAGAAAUCAUCCAUGUUCUAUUUUCUUUGAUUGGAAAGAAAACUUUGGUGAACUUGAAGGUGGGAGAUUUCACUUGCUUAUGUUAACACACAAAUUUCCCAUUCAGUGCAAGUUCCAAGGAGAUCACGUUAUUUCAAAGAGGUCAAACGUGUUCUCUGAGGCCAUAAUCCUGCCCUGGGAUUUACUACUUUCAGAAAAGGGCAGAGGUACUCUUGCAACUGAUAUUUCCAUGGACCAUCCUAGAGAUUCUUUUGGAAAUUUUACUAGAUGCAAGAAACAUUUUGCUAGUAAGAGGUGCAAAAUUGAUCUGGCUUCAAGCCAGUCUUUGGAUGCUGGCUUGGAUAAUGCAGGGAAUAGAGUACGUGGCCUUCUAGAUGGUUCCUAUAGUUCUCACAACAAUUCUACAGAGGACAGAUGUUUUAAGAACCCGCUAGAAUAUACAUGUUUUAUUACUAGUGAAAAAAAUGUUAAAUAUCAUUGCCGCGGAGUUUUGCGUUGCAGCAAGUCAGAUGCUGAGAUUGUUUCUGGUUGUGAACCACAUAUGAGGAAGGUACUACUGGAAUUCAAUUCUGAUAGCCUUUGCAUGUAUCAGGUUCUGAAAAUUGGUGGUCUUUAUAUUAUAAAACAUCAGGAUGAAGAUAUGUUAUGCAGUGUAAUUGAAGACCAUGAAAUCACUGGUGCUAAAGUAAUCAUCAAUUCUGAGACACAUCUUUGGAGUCUUAGGUUUUCAUCUAUGAAGAGUCUCCAAAGUUCUGAUUUUUCUUAUCUAUUUUCAUUACAUAAUUCACAUGCCAGUGGUGAUGAGGUUAUUUCCGAAGGUUACCAGCAAUUUCAAAGUCCAAGUCUGACAUCUAAUGGUGUGAAUUAUGAAAUCUAUUCAGAUAUGAACAUAUUUGUUCCUGCUGAUGCUCUAAGUUUAUUGGAAAAUGAUAUCAAAGUAUUGGAAGGCUGUCUUGUUGGGCCAUCAGUUCCUUUUGAACAAGAAUCAGACAUUCAUGACCGUUCUGGGGCCAUGAUUUCUUCAUCAAUGCAAUCAUCAAAAACUUCACACUAUGGUCACCUGCUGCCUGAAGGGAACUUGAUAUCUUUACAUGGACUUGUAGUGGCUGUUCAUGAUUGCGAUCAUCAUUCUUUUGCCACACAAAUAAGAGUUGACGGCAACAGUACUGGUCGCCUUCCAAUGUUUCUCCAAGGAAGAGAAAGGACUUGUAUUCAUGUUCUGGUGGACCAUCGCAUAGUCAGAAUUUUUGGCAAUCUAUCUAAAAAUGCUUACCCUAUUGGAUUAGGAAGAGACGUGUAUGCAACCUUUCACCGAAUUCUUGUGCUUAGUGGGCAGAAUGAAUAUAUGUUAACACCUGUAUCUUUCAUCACAAUCCACCACACUAGUUCGAUACAUCGCCAUUUCAGUGGUGAAUGUGUUAACUCAUCUGGCACCAUAGGCUUACACAUUGUUGCCUCUCCAAAUGCUGUUGUUCCUACCGCUUUGAUAUCUGAACUAGUGCAAUUUCCGGAGCUUAAGCCAGUACAAAUUCAUUCCAGGGUUGUGGCAGUUUACAUCCUUGUAUUAGAGAGAAGUAGAAAGACUUUAUUUUUGCAACCUAGUCUUCAAUCCAGAUCAUCUAUAGUUGACAUCUCACUUGUUGGUUUUGUGUUGGAUGAUGGGUCAUCAUCCUGUUGUUGCUGGGCUGACUGUGAGACUGCUGCAAUCUUGCUUGGGUUACACACUGAGGAAUAUUCAUGUGAAACUUAUGCAGGAACUUUUGGGAGAUCUAAGGCUAGAAAGGGGCUAGCAAGCCACCUAAACAAAAUCUUACAGCGGCAUAGCCAAGUUGUAGUAAAAAACUACGGAUCCAUGUUUGAUUCUUCUAGUCAAGACCUCGCAUUUUCUGUUGAUUCGGAUAAUUUGAUUAGUAGCUCUGAUGAAGAUCUCCUUAGAAGCUUGAUUAUAGGUGCUUGUUUUAGCACAUUUCGGACUGUUGUUUGUGUUCUCAUGGAUCCAAAUGCCAGCAAGGACUUAGAACAGCGCUUAGUCAAACUGGGAAUGACAAUGCUUCCUUUGCAGAAUGUAUGGGCGACUAGCGUUCUUCACACAGAUCCUCUCAAAGAAGCUAAGAACAUUAUUCAAGAGCUUGUAUAA